CUCUCUCUUUCUCUCUCUAUUUUCUCUCACUGGCAGUACACGGAGCAGGUAAAGCUCAAAGCACAAAACUCCACAUAAACUGGUGUCCUAACCGCGAAAUAUCAUAAAAUGUAUCUUAUUCAAGUAAGGAGACUAAAUUAAGAUGUAAAACUUAUGUGAUGUUCCAGCCUUAAAUGAGGGUGAAAUGUGACAAUCCCACCAGUACUCCCAAACACACCUGGUACACGACUUGACGCUGAAGAAAACUGUUAUUGACACUUUCAAAGGCAGUGCUAAGGGCUUAUGUAACUUGUCACACUAGGGCGGCUGUUCUUUGCCCUCACAAGUGCUGUUUUACUUCCCUGAUUAGGUUCUACACUUAACAAGUGAUUUCAAUCCGCAGCGAUUUGCCAGAAAUUUAUGAGGACAGACCAAAAACAGAAGGCAAAAAUCUGGAUAUUCUGCAAAAAUCUGGACAAUUGAGAACACUGGGAAUUUCUGAAAUGGACAAAAAGAAAGAUACCACAAUACAGCUGGAAGAUGUAGAUCAAAAUGGCACUCCUUCUAGAAGAAAAUUGUCCACACAAGAAACACGCACAUAUUCUAGGGGGUCAACUGUAACAUUUCACAACAUAUGCUAUGUUGUGAAAACAUCCUCUGGUAUGCCAUGCAAAAAGAAAGUGACUAAAAAGGACAUUCUGAGAGAUGUAAAUGGAAUUAUGAGACCUGGUUUGAAUGCAAUCCUUGGACCAACAGGCAGUGGUAAAUCAUCUCUUUUGGACAUACUUGCUGCAAGAAAAAAUCCUAAAGGUCUUUCUGGAGAUGUACUAAUUGAUGGAGCUCCUCAGCCACCAAAUUUCAAAUGCAUUUCUGGCUAUGUGGUGCAGGAUGAUGUGGUGAUGGGAACGCUGACGGUUAAAGAGAAUUUUCAGUUCUCAGCAGCACUUCGUCUACCAAAGAGCAUCAGGCAGAAGCAGAAAAAUGAAAAAGUGGAGCAGCUUAUCAGAGAGUUGGGGUUAAGUAAAGUAGCAAAUUCUAAGAUUGGAACGGCCUUUGUCCGUGGUGUGUCUGGAGGAGAAAGAAAAAGGACAAACAUUGGGAUGGAACUUAUCACCGACCCUUCUGUGCUUUUCUUGGACGAACCUACUACAGGUUUAGAUGCCAGCACAGCUGGUGCCGUCUUGCUGCUCUUGAAAAGGUUGUCCAGGAAAGGAAGAACAAUAAUCUUCUCUAUUCAUCAGCCACGAUUUUCCAUCUUCAGACUGUUUGAUUCACUGACGCUACUGGCCAGUGGAAGGAUGGUGUACCAUGGUCCUGCUCAAGAUGCGGUAGAAUACUUUGCAUCAAUCGGAUACACAUGUGAAGCAUUCAACAACCCAGCAGACUUUUUUCUGGAUGUCGUUAAUGGAGACUCAACUGCAGUGGCUUCAAAUAAGGAGGAAGACAUUGAUAUAGAUAUGCUGGAACAUGGAGAAGAUGACAGAAGCAUUGUAGAGAGGCUUGCAGAAGAAUACUCCAAGUCCAGCUACUACAGAGAUACUAAGACAGAGUUAGAGAAGUUAUCAGAGAAAAGUUCCGAAAAGUCUGCAGCAGUUUUCAGAAGUGUCACAUAUGCAACAUCGUUCUGUCAUCAGCUGAAAUGGGUUUCUAAGCGUACAUUUAAAAACCUGCUGGGCACACCUCAAGCUUCAGUUGCACAGCUCGGAAUUUCUGUUUUUCUUGGUCUUAUUGUGGGCGCCUUAUUCUUUGGUGUUAAAAAUGAUGACAGUGGAAUUCAAAACAGGGUUGGUGCUUUGUUCUUCAUGAGUACAAAUCAGUGUUUUAGUAGUGCAUCUGCCAUAGAGCUAUUCAUCACAGAAAAUAAGAUCUUCAUACAUGAAUACAUCAGUGGUUACUACAGUGUCUCAGCUUACUUUUUCUCAAAGCUGAUGGCUGAUCUGCUACCUAUGAGGACAUUACCUUCAAUUAUCUUGUCUAGCAUCGCCUAUUUUAUGAUAGGAUUUAAACCAACAGUUGAAGCCUUCUUCACCCUGAUGUUGACUUUAAUUCUAACAUCCUAUACGGCUACUUCCAUGACACUAGCCAUAUCUGCAGGGCAGAAUGUUGUAGCUGUGGCCAGCCUCCUCACAACAAUUAGCUUUGUCUUCAUGCUUAUUUUCUCAGGACUUUUGGUAAAUCUUCCAAGCAUCAUGGACUGGUUGUCAUGGCUACAGUAUCUUAGUAUUCCUCAAUAUGCCCUCACAGCUUUACAGGUAAACGAGUUAACUGGUUUGAAAUUCAACUGUGAUCCUUCAGAUACAACAUCUAGUCCUAACAAUUCCAGUUCUUCAGCAAGGUGCUUCACUGGUGAAGAAUACUUGGCAAGGCAAGGCAUUGAAGCAAGCAGCUGGGGAUUAUGGCAAAAUCACCUUGCCUUGGCAAUAAUGACAAUUAUUUUUCUGUUAAUUACAUACCUAAAAUUACGUUUUAUGAAUAAAUUUACUUAACCUCAGAGAUGUAGUGCUAACCAAAUACUUCUAGUGUUUUCUCUAUUUUUUUUUCUGAGAAAUGUGCAAUAUUAGACUGUUUUUGUACAAUAUUACAGCUACAGAGAUUAUCACAGUUCAAAAUGUUUUAUAUUUAAAUUUUAUUUACAAAUGAUUUACAACUAAUAGUGCAAUAGUUUAUGGAGUAUGAGUACCUAGUAAGGGCAUUUCAGCUUACUAGUAUAUUAUUUGAUUCAGACAUGUAUCUUUAGGUGCACUCACAGUAAUGGUUUACUUUUCCUUUAAAUUAGUUAAACAUAGAUGUUUAAUGCCAUCUGUUAUGCACUGAGAGAUUUACUGCAGGAUUACCUUGAAAGCAGAACAUCCUACUUGUGAUUUUGCCAUGUGAGACGUCAAUAAAUACUAACACCCGUGUU